AUGGCGGCUGCGGCGGGAGGUGGCUGCGGCGAGGGGGGCGCUGGCCUGGGCGGCGCGGCGGGGCCGGGGUCGGGGUCGGGGCCGCGCGGGCGGGGCCCCUCCGGCGGCGCGAGCGAGGACGCCCGGGGCCCCGCGCCCAGCGCGCUGCAUCCCGAAGAGGUCGCCGCGCGGCUGCAGCGGAUGCACCGGGAGCUGAGCAACCGCAGGAAAAUCCUGGUGAAAAACCUGCCCCAGGACAGCAACUGCCAGGAAGUUCACGAUUUAUUACAAGACUUUGAGUUAAAGUAUUGUUAUGUGGACAGAAAUAAGCGAACAGCUUUUGUUACCUUACUGAAUGGGGAGCAAGCCCAGAAUGCAAUUCAGAUGUUUCAUCAGUAUUCUUUUCGAGGAAAGGACUUAAUUGUUCAGCUCCAGCCAACAGAUGCUUUGCUGUGUAUUACCAACUUGCCCACUUCUUUUACAUUAGAAGAGUUUGAAGAACUUGUUCGUGCUUAUGGAAAUAUCGAGAGAUGUUUUCUAGUCUACAGUGAAGUUACUGGCCAUUCCAAAGGCUAUGGAUUUGUGGAAUACAUGAAAAAGGACUUUGCUGCAAAGGCUAGAUUGGAGUUAUUGGGUAAACAAUUGGGAGCAUCAGCUGUCUUUGCACAAUGGAUGGAUGUUAAUCUAUUGGCUGCAGAGCUCAUUCAUUCUAAGUGCCUUUGUAUAGAUAAACUCCCUAGUGACUACAGGGAUUCAGAGGAGCUGUUGCAAUUUUUUUCCAAUAUACAUAAACCUGUGUUUUGCCAGCUUGCACAGGAUGAAGGUAGUUAUGUUGGUGGCUUUGCAGUGGUUGAAUAUAACACUGCGGAGCAUGCUGAAGAGGUUCAGCAAGCAGCUGAUGGUAUGACCAUCAAGGGAAGCAAAGUUCAAGUUUCCUUCUGUGCCCCCGGAGCGCCAGGGCGAAGUACGUUAGCAGCAUUGAUAGCAGCUCAACGUGUGAUGCACAGUAAUCAAAAAGGCUUACUUCCAGAGCCAAAUCCUGUACAAAUUAUGAAAAGUUUAAACAAUCCCGCCAUGUUACAAGUUCUUCUACAACCCCAGCUCUGCGGGCGAGCUGUUAAACCAGCAGUUCUCGGAACACCUCACAGCUUGCCCCAUCUGAUGAACCCACCCAUCUCCCCUGCGUUUUUGCAUUUGAAUAAAGCACAGCAGAAUCUUUCUCAUGUACCACUGGCACAGCAACAAUUACUGAAGUUUGAGAAUAUUCAUACUAAUAAUAAACCAGGCUUACUUGGAGAUCCCCCAGCCAUGGUACUUCAAACCGCAGUAGGGAUAGGGUCAGCACUUCCUUUGAAAACAGAGCUGGGUCAUCAUGGAGAAGCACACAAAACAUCUAAUCUGAUUCCAACUCAAACAACUCUAACAGCUGGAAUGGGCAUAUUACCAUUCUUUCCAAAUCAGCACAUUGCUGGGCAGGCUGGGCCAGGGCACGGGAAUGCUCAGGAGAAACAACCAGCCUCGGUGGGGAAGGCAGAAGGAAAUUUCUCAGGGUCACAGGCCUGUCUUCAGAGCUUCCCAAACCGUACUGCUGGAGGCUUGCUGACGGGACACCACAAGCAACAGCAAAGUCAGCCAAGAGGCACGGAGAUAAGUUCAGGGAUUGCCUCUAAGAAUCAGACUUCACUGUUGGGAGAACCACCAAAAGAAAUACGGCUCAGUAAAAAUCCAUACUUGAACUUGGCAAGUGUGUUGCCCAGUGUGUGCUUAUCAUCCCCUGCAAGUAAAACCACUCUACAGAAGACUGGAAUUGCAAGCAAUAAUCUGGAUGCGAUCUCUCAGGGAAAUGAAUCACAGCACACAUUGGAAAAGUGCAUUUCUUAUUCUCAACCUUUUGGUGAUUAUGCACAGGUAUCCUCUUUAAGAAAUGAAAAGCGAGGCUCAUCAUAUCUCAUCUCUGCCCCAGAAGGUGGUUCUGUGGAAUUUGUUGACCAGCAUUCUCAGGGCACAGGAGCUUAUUACAUGGAAACCUACUUAAAAAAGAAGCGCGUAUAUUGA